UGUUUGCCUUUACUUUUGUGCAUUUUGUAUCUAUUUGGAAAGUGGGUUUGGGGAUUCUGGCCAACCAAAAAUAAAAACAGAAGCAUGCCGUGCUCUACAAAUCACUUAUUGUUUCUUGCAGGUAUUCUUUGUAGUCAUGGUGGGCUCCUUUUCACUGGGAAAUGCUCUGCCGCAGCUCAACAGCAUCGCUGUGGCACAAAUGGCGGCUGGCUGUGUCUUUGAAGUCAUUGACGGAAGGCCUGAUAUUGACUCAUACUCUGAACUUGGUGUGCAGCUAAAACAGUUGACCUCCAAUCUUUCUUUUAAGGACAUCUCCUUCUUUUAUCCAAGAUACUCAGGUCACUUGGUGUUGCGAGACGUCAGCCUGGAAGCCGGCGAAGGUCAAGUCGUGGCCAUCUGUGGUACAAGUGGCUCGGGGAAAAGCACACAACUCAACCUGGUUGUGCGCUUCUAUGACCCCUGUUAUGGUGAGGUGGGUUCUGUUGGCAAGGGUUAG